AUGCAGCCUGUUGCUCACCAGUCGGGAGGCGCGUCUGGAGAUCCGCUCCCGCCGUCACUGCCGACGGAGGCGAUCGAAGAGAAGGCCAGCGUGUCUAGCUUGGGAUCAUGGAACCAUUUGAUUGCUGGCGCUACCGGUGGAAUGGUCACUGCUAUUGUUACGAGUCCUCUUGACGUUCUCCGCACGCGUUUACAAACCGACUAUUACCAGACGUCAGGCGCGAACCGCUCGAUCCCCACACACGCGCAUGUUCGUCAGUCGUUCGUCAAGACUUCUAUCCGCCAUUUCCGGGAGACGUUCGGCAUUCUUUUCUCUAUCCAUCGGGUCGAAGGCUGGCGGGGUAUGUUCAAGGGUCUUGGACCCAGCUUGACGGGUGUUGUUCCGGCCAGUGCGGUGAAGUUCUACACAUAUGGCAACUGCAAACGCCUGCUGCCAGAAAUCUUGGGGUGCGACAAGGACACCACGCUUGUGCAUGCCAUGUCCGCAGCAUGCGCUGGUAUUGCUACUGGAUCGGCCACCAACCCCAUUUGGGUGGUAAAAACUCGUCUUCAAUUGGAUAAGGCCGGUGCUCGCCGGUACAAGAACAGUCUGGAUUGUACCAAGCAGAUUCUGCAACAAGAAGGACCCAAGGGUCUCUACCGAGGUCUGACGGCCAGUUACCUGGGCACAAUCGAAACCACACUGCACCUGGCCAUGUACGAGCGGAUUAAGGGACUCAUCUCUAAGGAGGUCAAUUUGGAUAAGAACUCGGAUUCGAACAAGUUUGUGCAGGGCCUUGCUCUGAGUGGAGCGUCGGGAUUGUCGAAGCUGUUUGCUUGUCUGAUCGCGUAUCCUCAUGAGGUUAUCCGUACUCGGCUUCGACAGGCUCCGAUGGCGGACGGUCGCCAGAAGUAUACGAGCAUCCUCCAGUGCGCGCGGUUGAUCUUAAAGGAAGAGGGAGUGAUCGCGCUGUAUGGAGGAUUGACGGCACACCUUCUCCGCACGGUGCCGUCGGCCGCGAUCACCAUCGGGACCUACGAGCUGGUUCUCAAGGUCCUUGAGGGACGUUAA